GCACAGCCCAACUAUUUACACACAGGAGGACUGAUAUGGCAUCAGAAGAACAACUAGUGUCCCACAUCGAAGAUGGGGGAGACUUCCUUCACAUGCUCGAGUAUAAAGGCAUUAGCACAACCACCUUUUACGGGAUUUAGGAGGUGCAUCGGUACCCCAGACGGUAUAGCAUUCUGUGUGAGGUACCCGGAGAAAGCCACCAGAAACAUUGGCGCGCCAGAUAGGGGCCUAGUCAUGACUGAGCCGGAAGGAACGGCAGGAGAGGGUAGAAGUGUCGCCCGGGCACUGAUAUUCUCUCCGGGUACUUCAUCAGCAGAAGCGCCAGGUGUUGAAGAAAUUCAUGGUCUCGGAUCCUUGGACCCGCAUGUCCCGGACCAAGUGUCUCCGGUAUCGGAAUUGGAAUCCAUGCGGGCGGAGAUAGCAGCCUUCAGGGAACAAUCCAGGAUCGAUCGGGAACAACAGAGUACCGAUAGGGAAACAAACCGCCUUACGCAACAGAAGAUGCAGGAUCUGGAAGAUGAAAACACAGCGCUGGCCCGAGCACUGGACCGGAGGCACCAGCACAACGAGGCGCUCACCCAGGCCCUGGCUAGGGCAUCCCAACCAGCAACAGGCGUGAACGCUGCCCAGCGGGUAAUCCAAGUACCGGUAGAGUUAUUCCCGGAAAGCUUGAGGCAUCUACCACCACCACCGUUACCACAGCCAGUACCGAAUAUCCCCCCGGUAACCGACGCAAACACGGCAUUACUUGUGUAA